AUGCAAAAUCAUCAAAGUAUAUAUAUACCGGAAGGAGGUAAUCCCCUUCCUUUCGGGCAACAAGGCUAUGUUCAAACUAUCCAGGAGCCAUCUACACAAGCAAAACAGUUUCCUCCUCCACCACCAAGUAAAGAUUUUAAUAAUGGUAGUCCUGUAUCACUUAAUAUAGAGCUCGAAAAAUCUAGACAACAUUGGGGUGAAGCUCCUGAGAUACAGCCUCGUCGUCACACUACACAACGUGUUGUAUUAAAGGAUGGAAAACACUUGGUGUUGGAGUGUCCUAUACCUGCAGAUCUGCUUGGAAACAUUUCCAAUAAAGACUCAAGGGAAUUUACGCAUAUGAGAUAUACCGCAUGUACAAGUGGUCCAGAUGACUUUACGCAGAAAGGAUUUACUCUUCGUCAAGCAGAGGCUGCUCCUAAAAGAGCAACCGAACUAUUUAUCGUGCUAACCAUGUAUAAUGAAAAUAAAGAACUGUUAUCCCGCACCUUUCAUGGAGUUGUAAAAAAUAUUGCACACCUUUGUAGUCGUAAAAGGUCUAAAGUUUGGGGUGAUGAGGGAUGGAAGAAAGUCGUCGUAUGCAUAGUUGCUGAUGGUCGUGAACAAAUCGAUUCAAGUUCUUUAGCUUACUUAGCGGCUCUUGGUGUCUAUCAAGAUGGCGUUGCAGUGGACAAAGUGAGAGAUGAUGUCGUUAAUGCUCAUAUAUAUGAGUAUACAACUCAAAUUUCAAUCGACCAUUCUAUGCAAUUUAAAACGCUUGGAGAGGAUUCUGAAGUUGUUCCAAUCCAAGUACUCUUUUGCCUUAAAGAAAAAAAUGCUAAAAAGAUCAACUCUCAUCGAUGGUUCUUUAAUGCCUUUGGUCCAAUUCUUGAACCUAAUAUAUGUGUUCUUAUUGAUGUUGGCACCGAACCAGGUCCUAAGUCUAUCUAUAAUCUAUGGAAAGCAUUUGAUGUAGACCCUAAAGUUGCAGGUGCCUGCGGUGAAAUAGUUGCCAUGAAAGGUAAAGGUUGGAGGAAAUUAUUGAAUCCAAUUGUGGCUGCUCAAAAUUUUGAAUAUAAGAUGUCCAACAUUCUGGAUAAACCAUUUGAAUCGGUAUUUGGAUAUAUUACUGUUUUACCUGGAGCUUUUUCUGCUUAUCGGUACAUUGCUCUCCAGAAUACUGAUAAUAUUGUUGAUGAAAAUGGGGAUGAAGAAGGCCCUCUAGUAUCUUACUUUAAAGGCGAAUUAAAUGAUGAAGAGGAAAAAAAAAAGGAAAACAUGUUCGUUGCUAAUAUGUAUCUUGCUGAGGAUCGUAUUCUUUGUUUUGAAUUGGUUACAAAACGCAAAUGUACUUGGUUAUUGCAUUAUGUUAAAUCCUCUCAAGCCGAAACAGAUGUACCUGAAGAUGUUAUUGGACUAAUUAAACAACGAAGGCGUUGGUUAAAUGGAUCUUUUUUUGCUUCCUUUUACGCCAUUAGUCAUUUUUAUAAUAUUUCAAGGAGUGAUCAUUCUAUAGGCCGUAAAAUUUUUUUAUACAUCGAAAUGGCGUAUCAAACAUAUAACCUUAUUUUUGCAUGGUUUGCCAUAGCUCUUUCUGGUCGUGAUGCCCCCUGGAGCCCGGACGUUGGAAAAGGCAUAUUCUUAGUCUUGAAUUAUAUUUACCUUCUACUGAUAAUUGUACAAUUCAUCUUUGCCUUAGGACACAGGCCUCAAGGUUGGGGGAAUAGGCCCGAACUACCAAAACCAACGAAGGAAGCCAAAGGUGUCGAAUCUAGCUCCGUGCCUACAGUUGAGGUUUCUGUUCCCGAAGAUAUUAAUGCCGUAUAUCAACUAGCUGUUCAAGCAGUAAGACGAAAAGCUAGUAAGGAAGUAACGAUUUCUACACCAAAACAAAAAAAAGAAGAUGCUCGAAAAUCAUUUCGAACAAAGGUUGUACUUGCAUGGGUUUUUAGCAACAUUAUAUUAAUCGCCAUUAUCGUAUAUGUUGGUAGUUCUCAGGCAGCAGUAACAGAUGGCUAUAUGGCGUUUAUUCUUUGGUCUGUCGCCGGAUUGGCUGCAUUUAGAUUUUUUG